AUGUCCAACAGCAGCUCCAUCAGCCACUUCCUCCUGCUGCCAUUGGCAGACACGCGGCAGCUGCAGCUCCUGCACUUCUGCCUCUUGCUGGGCAUCUCCCUGGCUGCCCUCCUGGGCAACGGCCUCAUCAUCAGCGCCGUAGCCUGCGGCCACCACCUGCACACGCCCAUGUUCUUCUUCCUGCUCAACCUGGCCCUCAGCGACCUGGGCUCCAUCUGCACCACUGUCCCCAAAGCCAUGCACAAUUCCCUCUGGGACACCAGGGACAUCUCCUACUCAGGAUGUGUUGCACAGGUUUUUCUGCUUAUCUUCUUCCUUGGAACAGAGCUUUCCCUCCUUACCAUCAUGUGCUAUGACCGCUACGUGUCCAUCUGCAAACCCCUGCACUACGGGACCCUCCUGGGCAGCAGAGCUUGUGCCCACAUGGCAGCAGCUGCCUGGGCCAGUGCCUUUCUCACUGCUGUCAUGCACACAGCCAAUACAUUUUCCCUGCCCCUGUGCCAUGGCAAUGCUGUGGGCCAGUUCUUCUGUGAAAUCCCCCAGAUCCUCAAGCUCUCCUGCCCACACCUCAGGGAACUGGCAUUACUUGCUGUUACUGUCUCUUUAGAUUGUGGCUGUUUUGUGUUCAUUGUGUUCUCCUAUGUGCAGAUCUUCAGGGCUGUGCUUAGGAUCCCCUCUGAGCAGGGACGGCACAAAGCCUUUUCCACCUGCCUCCCUCACCUGGCCGUGCUCUCCCUGUUCCUCAGCACUGGCACAUUAACCUACCUGAAGCCCCCUUUCAUCUCGUCCCCAUCCCUGGAUCUGGCCCUGUCAGUUCUGUACUCAGUGGUGCCUCCCGUCCUGAACCCCCUCAUCUACAGCCUGAGGAACCAGGAGCUCAAGGCUGCAGUGAGGAGACUGAUCACAGGAUGGUUUCAGAAACAUUAA